GACCUACUGCAAAGCGGCAACGAAGUUAGCCACAAACAAACAAACGCCAUUGAUUUUUAGGUUAGAAAACAGCAAGAUGUCGCGAAAACGGGAUAAAACGCGAGAAGAGAUUGCCAAGCAGUUUUUACUGCCGGAGAGGCAGUCGAAAAUAGAUACGCUACUUAAGCAGGACAAUCAAGCGUAUUGUAUUUGUAGAUCUUCCGAUAGUUCAAGGUUCAUGAUAGCAUGCGAUUCCUGCGAAGAAUGGUAUCAUGGAGACUGCAUACAGAUAUCGGAGAAAGAGGCAAAACUAAUAAAGCAAUACUUCUGCGUGCGUUGUCAGGACGAGGACGCGACCCUAAAAACGCGCUGGAAACAAAAGAGGGACGAAUCCAGCGCCAAUACCAACACUGAGGACCGCAAAGCGAAAAAACGCAAAGACAGAGCAGAAAACAAGAACGACAAGAAAGUUAAGAAGUGUGGGGAGUGCAUGGGGUGCUACAGAACCGAAGAUUGCGGCAGAUGCGAUGUAUGCACCAAGAAAAACAGACAUGGAUCAUCCCGGCAGAAGGAGAGGUGUAAACAAAGGAUUUGUGUGAAUUCCGGAGGUGCAAGGCGUAAAAGAAGGGACUCAAGCAGCGAAAGGGAGCCCCCGCAUAACUCCCAUCUGCAAACAGAUUAUGCAAGACAGUGCUACGGCCUUAAAUGUGUUAAAAGUGCCAGGUACGGUUCGAAAUAUUGCUCUGAUCAGUGCGGGAUGGAUUUGGCUAGGGCCAGAAUUUUGCAGGUGCUGCCUCAAAGAAUACAGGAAUGGUCUUUGAGCCCUUCAACUGCCGAGGGGUCCAAUAUCAAAGCUUUGGAUCAAGUAAGAAGGCAGCAGAUGGAAGUGAAGCAAAUACUUCAAGAGCUGGACAAACGCCACAAGGAGCUGGAUUUGAUUUUGGAAAGGGCCAAAACCACUUCGAUCGAUCCUAACCAAGUCAACGAUAACGAGGAGGAAUCGGAAAUGUCGAUGUACUGCAUAACUUGCGGCCACGAAAUUCAUUCUAAGACGGCCAUCAGGCACAUGGAGAAGUGCUUCAACAAGUACGAGUCGCAGUCUUCGUUCGGGUCGAUAUUCAAGACGAGAAUCGAAGGAAACAACAUGUUCUGCGAUUUCUACAACACCCUCAACCGGACGUACUGCAAAAGGUUGCGUGUUCUGUGCCCGGAACAUUGCAAGGACCCGAAAAUAGGCGACAACGAAGUGUGCGGGUGUCCGUUGGUGACCAACGUGUUUUCACCAACUGGUGACAUAUGCAGGGCCCCCAAAAAGUCCUGCUCCAAGCACUACGUGUGGGAGAAGAUGCGGAGAGCCGAGAUUGAUUUGGAGAGGGUGAGGCAGUGGUUGAAGAUGGACGAGAUGUUGGAAAAGGAACGUCAAAUAAGGACGAGUAUGGCUUCUAGGGCAGGGGUGUUGGCUUUAAUGUUGAACUCCACUUAUAAUCACGAUAUUAUGGAACAGUACACGAAAAUAAAUCAGGGAGAGACCGACAAUAAAUAUCCACCGCCCAUGCGGGACCAUGAAGACUAUCACUGAACAUUUAUUUUAUUAAUUAUAAUAUGUUUUAUUAAGAAUGAUAAAUAAACAAUAAAUA